GCUGCCGCUGCUGCCCUCACUGUGUUACCCGCGGCUUCCUCCUCCUACUCCUCCCGGACUCCAUCACCGCCCCCCGACUCCGAGCCCGUGGGGGAGCCAGCCGCAGCCCUCCGGCUCCCUGGGAGGAUAAUGCCACACAGCUCCUUCUAGAUGGCUCUGGUAACGGUGCAGAGAUCCCCCACCCCCAGCACCACCUCCAGCCCCUGCGUGUCGAAUUCACAGUUGGAAGAAAGUGAAACUGAAGUAUUCUGCUGUCAGUGUGAAGAUUCUGAACACAUAAAUGGUAUCAAUGAAGCAGAUAGUGGAGAGGAAGAGUGCCGGUCUCAGCCCAGAAGCAUCAGUGAAAGUUUCCUGACGGUAAAAGGCGCAGCUCUAUUCCUCCCUCGUGGGAAUGGAUCAUCUACCCCAAGAUUUAGCCACAGACGCAACAAGCAUGCAGGGGACCUCCAACAGCACCUGCAGGCCAUGUUUACACUCCUCCGACCUGAAGACAACAUCCGGCUGGCCGUGAAAUUGGAAAGCAGCUAUCUGAAUCGGACAAGAUACAUGGUCGUUGUUUCAACCAAUGGAAGACAAGAUACUGAGGAAAGCAUCGUGCUGGGCAUUGACUUUGCAUACAACGACAGCAGUGCUUGCACCAUGGGACUUGUUCUUCCUCUGUGGAGUGACACUCUAAUCCACUUGGAUGGAGAUGGUGGGUUCAGCGUUUCAACGGAUAACAGAAUUCACAUUUUCAAGCCUGUCUCCGUUCAAGCCAUGUGGUCCGCUUUGCAGAGUUUGCACAAGGCCUGUGAGGUUGCCCGAGCUAACAAUUACUAUCCUGGUAGCCUCUUCUUAACGUGGGUUAGUUACUAUGAAAGCCAUAUCAACUCUGACCAGUCCUCCGUCAAUGAAUGGAAUGCCUUGCUUGAUGUCCAAUCCCAUCGCUCCGAUUCACCAGUGCUCUUCACUGACGUACCAACUGAACGUGAACGCACUGAACGUUUAAUUAAAAUUAAAUUAAGAGAAAUCAUGAUGCAAAAAGACCUUGAAAACAUUACAUCCAAGCAGAUUCGGACAGAGCUGGAGAUGCAGAUGGUUUGUAACCUAAGGGAAUUUAAAGAGUUCAUCGACAAUGAAAUGAUUGUGAUCUUGGGACAGAUGGAUAGCCCUACAGAAAUAUUUGACCAUGUCUUCCUGGGUUCAGAGUGGAACGCUUCAAAUUUGGAAGACUUGCAAAACAGGGGGGUUCGGUACAUCUUGAAUGUCACGCGUGAGAUUGAUAACUUUUUCCCAGGAGUCUUUGAGUAUCACAACAUAAGAGUGUAUGACGAGGAGGAUACUGACCUGCUAGCUUAUUGGAAUGAUACUUACAAAUUCAUCUCUAAGGCAAAGAAGCAUGGUGCUAAAUGCCUGGUACACUGUAAAAUGGGGGUCAGUCGAUCUGCUUCCACUGUUAUUGCAUAUGCUAUGAAGGAAUAUGGCUGGAAUCUCGAUCGAGCAUUUGAUUAUGUUAAGGAAAGGCGUACUGUUACCAAGCCAAACCCCAGCUUCAUGAGGCAACUUGAGGAGUAUCAAGGAAUUCUUCUCGCAAGCAAGCAGAGACACAACAAGCUGUGGCGAUCUCAUUCAGACAGUGACCUUUCAGACCACCAUGAACCUAUUGGAAAAACUGGAAUGGAAGUUAGCAAAAAGGAUAUUACAUCUUCAGCGGAACAGCUUUCGGACAUGCAUCAUUCGUUUUCUCUAGAACCUCAGGUGGAAAAUCUUAAUGCAGACUGCCCCAUUAAAACCACUUUGUGCAACAAAUCUCGAGCACAUAUUGAGUUUACAUCUAUAGAGGAUAUAUUAAAUUUGAACACCAUGAAUGGAUGUCCAGCACGUUGCUGCUCGGAGGAAUCACAAUAUCUAGACAACUGUAGAACAGAAAUAACUGUAAAUGAUCUAAUUCCAAAUUCAGAAUCUUUCAGUGUUCCAACUGAACUUCAUGAUCUAACACUGGAGGAUAUGGAAAAAGAUGCAUUAAAGAAUGAGGUUAACUGCCAUCUCUUGCCACUUGAGGAACUAGAUUCCGAUUUGAGAGACUUACCAGAGUCCCCUGACCAAAUAUCUCUUGCAUCACAAUCAGAGGAUAUGAGUGCAGACAGGAUUGAUUUCUUAAGCGCCCUAGAAAAGUUUGUGGAACUGUCUCAGGAGAAUCGUCCACGAACAGGCGGCAUCAACCGUCUGGAAGACCAAGCCAGCAAUGUGAAGAAUGGAGUCUUAAGAGGUUCCUGGGCUGAGACAACCAUGUUUGAAAGCCAAGAGGAAAACCAGAGGCUUAGCUCUGAUGGAAACCUUUCACAAGCUUCUGACGAUUCCUCUACAGACGAGGAGCAGCCAAAGGAGCUCUCUGAACAGAAUACCCAAGAUAACGUCUUAAAAUCACUCUCUGAAAAUGCAAUAUCUGUGAAGGAGAUUAUUACAGAGAUUGAAUCAUUCAACCAGGGAAUUAGUCAGUGCCAAUAUAAAACAGACAAUCUGUCUAGCCAAGCACAAACACCAAAGAGAAUUACAAUCCAAGAACUGCCCACUGAAUCGACUUGUGAUCUGGAAAACAACAGCAAACCAGAGCGGAUUGAAGGAAGCAACAUAUUACAACAUGUCAAGGCAAAAGAUGCAAAAUGUCCAUGUCGGGAAAGUAAGCAGCCUCCCCAGGAAGAUUGUGAUAUCAAUGAGGGGGGAGAUAAUCAGGAACAGUUAGGCUCAACUCCCAAAUGGAUUGCUGGCUCUGUCCGAAGGGCCACAAUGGAAUUUGAAGAACGCUUAAGGCAGGAGCAGGAGCAACAGCAUGUUGUACCAGUGCCAACACGCAAGAACUCCAAGAAUGACUACGUUUGCGACGCUACUCCAAAGGGAAAGUGUGAAGAAUCUUCAUAUGAUGCUCCACAUGGAGAUCAUGAAAAGGACAAAACUGUCAGGGUAGAAGUCGGAGGGUCAGAAACAGAACCUCCCAAAUCUGAGCCAUCUACAGAUUCAUUCCCCUCUCAAAUGCCUGGAAUUCAAUGUGUGCAAUUUAAAAAUGAUUAUCCCUUUUCAGAGAUUUCAUUAAAGACAAAAGGAAUUUCAAAGGAGAACAGAACACUUAUUGCUUGUGAGGCCUCUGAUUCAACUGAGCCAAUACAACUUCCAAAGACAAUAGGAAUAGACUGUAACAUCGGUUCUAAGUCUGCUGAUAGCAAUGACAAUGACCUUUCCCCAUGUAAAGCUGAAGGGGAUAGUACAGCAACUGUAGAAAAUAAGAAUUUACAUUUCUGUGUAGAAUCGCCAUUACAAAACAUCUGUGCAGAUGUUUCAAAUAGUCCCCCUGCGAAUAUGGACAGCGUAUCAUUGUCCAAAUCUUAUAAACUUGCAUCACCAGAUAUGUCCUUCAUAACUGGAAGAUCACCGGAAGAGCACGUUGAUGUGAUUAAUUCAGAAGAAUGCAAUUUCCCAGGUCCUUCACCAUAUUUAGAUUUUAUGAGCCAUGAAUACCAAGGUCCUUCGCUCUCUCUUACUUUAGAAGGCGUCACUGAAGAGUGUACUAAUACAGAUGAUUUAGGGAAUCUAUUGAAUUGCACAGAUAAUUAUGAUGGUGAUUUAGAUGGAACCCUUGGUGAAAUGCAAAGAGGUUCCGACAGUGCCUUGUCUCAGCUGAGCAGUGAAGAUCUUAACCUAAUCAACAAGCUGACUGAAAAUAUAAGAGAGCUUCAAGAAGUUUUGGAUAUUUCUUCCUUUUCCUUUGGCCUUCAUCACAGCUCUAGCAGUGACAGUAUUAAGGACAUGAGCAGCAGCCCUGGGGUUGUUAAGCAGAGAACAAAGGAAAUCGAGUCAAGAAUUCGACAGGCAGGUCUCACUACUCCGUCCCAAAUGAAGCGGUCUGCCUCUCUUGCAAAGCUGGGUUGCUUGGAACUUUCGAAAGAUGACUUGUCUGAGAGGGAGUCUGUCUCAUCAGAUCAACAAAUUUACUCAGACCUGCUUCAAUCCCCCCUUCGAAUCAUGCCACUACAUUAUGGCAUGACAUCGGUAGAACCACCAGAAAAUCAGUGUAUCAUCCCCUUUCAAGUUUCACCAAGAACGGCACCCACCAAACAUUUUGUGGAACAGAUAAAGACUGCAGAGUGCGUAGUGCAAAGCAAGCCAGUGGAAAAGCCUCUUGUGCAGUAUGCCAAAGAGUUUGGUUCAGUUCAACAGGGUUUUUCUCCUAGUACUGAAAGAACUGUCUCACCGCAUCACCUUUCCCAAUCAGUGGUACAAGAUCCCUCAAUCCCACUGGUCACUGUGUCCCCUAGGCAUGAACACGGUAGAACUCAUCCCUUGCGGAGACUUAAAAAGACCAAUGAAAAGAAGAGAACAACCAAUCCAUUGUACAACACCAUGUAAUCAUAUGGACUUUUAUUAUAUGUUCUUAUGAAGGGGCAGGUGUAAUAUGUGAGGAACGUGCACUUUAUUGGUUAAUUUUAUAUAUUUUGACUUAUUUUACUGUUCCUGAUGCAUGUAAGAUGGGUUCCCCUUUGCUUCCCCUUUCAUAUUGUGCGUGACUCCUGACUGCACAUGUCGGUGUACAUAUAUAUAUAUAUAUAUAUAUAAAUAUACAUGUUUUCUUUUUUUUUUUUUUUUUUAUUUGUAUCUACAAAACAACCUCAGAUGUUUUUUGUUUUUAAGAGAUGUUUUGGUAAAAGCAGGCAGCUGUUGCCACUUGAUCCUCCUUCAUGGCCGAUUUUUAAUGCUGUUUGUCUGGCACACUUUCAGAUGGAAUGCAUCCCAGGGCACCAUUAAAACCCAGCAAAUGCCUUGCACAAGAAGCAGGUUUUUUUUCUGAUCUUUUCAGCAACUGUGAACAUACAGCUUCAAAUCUGACAGAGGUUAUUCCGUUUUGGCACUGCGUUGGUCUGCAGUUGCUGUCUCCAAUGUUUCCCCUCUUACAGCCAUGUUAAGUUAUUUUAGAGUAAUUCAUAUCCUGUGUCGGAGCGUUUUUUUUUUAAUAAACUUCCUAUCCUGUUUUAGGGGGAAACUCAAAGCACCAUAGCCAGUACUACUUAUUGCCAUGAUUAUACUGCAUGGACUCUAUGGGUGAAGACCCUCCUGUUAUUGUCAAACUAGGCUAUCCCUCUCCGCUUGGGACCACAUAUUUGGCAAAGCUAAAGGGGUGAACAGCAAUUCAGCACAACCGAAUCCCUCCUACCUCUACAAAUAUUUUAGAUACAUAAUCAGGAAGUUCAAAUUUCCUGUUGUGACAUCCCAGGCUGAGGGGAUGGACUUUAUAAAAUAGAGUGUUUCUUGGCCCUCAACAAUUUUAAAUUGUUUGGCAAAAACUGGGGGAACGGUGCACGUUGACUUUUGCACCGUAGAUACUACAAUAAACUGAAGUGCUUAUGGUAGUUGGACUGUCCUCUUAGUUGCACUUGUAAUCUGAACAUACUGCCCUUUUCUGGUCUGUUAACAGUUCUUCGGGACACUGAGACAUGACCGAUCAGUAGAGUUCAAUCUACAUCAACACUGUUGAUUUUUACCAGUUACUGCAGCUUUUUACACUUUUUACUUAGCUUAGUGAACUGACAUGGCCAAUGUUUGCAAUAAAUUUGUGGUGCACAUGUUCAAUGCUCAGAAUGAGUUGUAGUAUUCACCUAAUUAACGCUCCAAUGACUAGCGUGGACGUGCAGGGAUGCAGUAACUCAAGUGAUUUGGACACCUUUUUAUUUUUACAAUGGAGCCUUAAUUAAAUGAUGAUGAUCUUGUAGAAAACCUGUUCAGAUUCCUGUCUGAUCUUUCUUUAUCUCCCCUGCUAUUCCAAUUGGUUUGUACCUAUUAAACCGUGAUCUGCAGCCUACACAGGGUUCAUGUGACAAUAUUUACUGAAAUCAACAAAUAUUUGUUGGGUUGUGUACUUUAAAGUUUAUUUUUGUCGGGGUAAUCCCAUCAUUACUUGAAUAAUCCUGUGGCCCUACAGAGUUUAUGGCCAUAAAUAUUGUUUGCCUUUCUAAGUUUUUUUUUUUUUUUCCUCCUUUACAAUUUUUACUUACGUUUUGUUCCAGCCGCCUUUACCUUAACCGUUUUAGUGUCAGAGGGGAAAGAACUGCAUUGCCACACAGUCCACUGUACGACCCUCUGGUGCUUCAAGGGUUUAAUCUUAAUCCAGUGGUUUUUCAAUGCUGCCUGUUUGGUUUUUAGAAACUAAAAAAUGUAAAUGUUACAUAGCGUGUGUGUAUUUGUGUGUUUGCUAGUUGAUGCAAAGCUUCUUUAGAAGUCUUUGUUGGCCUUCCUGAAACUGUGUUCUGUUUUAAAUUGUGUGAGAUAUACCCUUAUUUUUCUUUUUCUAUUUUAACUGCAGGGCUACUUGUUGCAAACUGGAAUUGCUCCUCCAAUUUAAUGUUUUUAAAAUGUUUUGAAGCAGUUAAUUUUAUUUUACUUUGCUGCUAUGCUCACUGUGCGAAAAGACCUUAUAAUUUCAAAAUCUACCAACCGGGUCUCUGAAAUGCGAAACCAACCCUGUCCCACCUAGCUCCUCAGUCCUCUAAAGGAUUAAGUCUGAAGAUUUAUUAGAAGUUAUUAUAUCUGUAUAGAAACUUGAUUAAACAGCUCAUACCCUCUUUUUGUAAGUCUCCUCUUACAGGUUCUUUGGAAAACAAAAGCCUUUUAAUGAUUUUUUUUUUUUUUUAUAUUUUUGAUUUUAAUUUUUACCAAGUAAUUUGCCUUUAAACACAGCCUUAAAAAAAAUCUUCUGUUACUAUAAGUGCCAUUUAACUGAUUUGCCGUGGGCCUUUACAUGUUAUAAAUUUUCCUGUAUCAUUCUUAAGUCCCCCCAUGUAAUACAUCACUGUUAGAUUUUUUGUUUUUCUGUUCACUUGUACAGCUUAUAUAUAACUGGCUGGUCACUAUUUGGCCUUCGUUCUGCUGGUGUUAAGCGCUGAUUUAUCUGCUUUAGUCCAAUUAUAGUACUUUUUUUUUUAAUUUUUAACCGCUCAAAAUUCACAAUUUAUAGCAUUUUAACACCAUUACAUGCACACACCACAUGCACCUUUCAAGACAGAUUUCCUUUAGAUUCUCUUAGCUGUGGAUUUAUUUACAUUUGCAAAUUGCAAGAAGCCAUUUUUAUAUUCUCAGUUGGUUGCAUAGUUAAAUCAUUCCUUUUUCAACUUUGUCCGAGGCAUCAUUCUGGGAAGCAACUGGAGCUUAUCAGAAACAUUCAAUAAAUCGGGACAUUUAUUUUAGAGACAGACACGGUUUGCACGGUGAUUUUAAUAUAGAAGUGAUCUUGUUUGUACAACUAUGUGUGAAAUUCUGCCGUUAAUUCACUUGUCGGUUAACGCAGGUCUGAUUUGUACAGAGAGGAGCGUACACCAGAGACUGUCAUAUCGUCUCACUCUUGACAUGUUUUGUUUCAUUUUAUAAAAUGAAAAACCCACUAAGUUGUGUUUUGGUUUUGUUUUUUUUUAAGGGCAUUUUUGUACAAAAGUUGUUCUUUGGUCUUUUACAAAAAAAGUACUGUGGUUGAGGAAAUUUAUUGUUUACAUUGUGAAUAUUAAACCUGAACAAGCAAAAUUA